GAUAAUUGACGCACAUGUUCGCUUGUGUGUAAACAAACUAGUGUCGCGUUGUGAAAGGUAGAACAUAACAGUGAAUGUUUUGUUGGAAGUGUACAUAUUUCAGUCGUUUGCCGUGCUGGUGAAAAACCUAUAACUAUUGUUCGCGAAUAAAGAAUAACAACAAUGAUAGUAUCUGAACAAGGUGAUGCUUCCCAUGGUGCAGAUGGUGAAGAUUUUGCAUCAAUGGAGGAAGAAUUAAAUACCAUGAACCAGUCACCUACAGAGAUGCUGCAGUGAUUCAGUGCGAUUACAGAUUUUUAACCUGGAAAAACUUCUCCUUUUUGUUAUUCAUUACUUAAUGCAAAUAUGGUACUUGUGUUCAAUGGAGUUGUACAAAAUGCACCUCCGCCUAACUUACAUGCAUUUCUACAGACUAAUCCUGAGAUAAGAGAACAGUCAGAGAAGUUUUUAGAGAUUCCAACAAAAACUGUAGGACCACAUGGACUACUCUAUGUUCACCAGGGAGAGCUUGCUGUCACUGAGCCUAAUGACUCAAAUGUAGAGGUCUUAGGAUCUGAUGAUGCAACAACAUGUAUUAUUGCUGUACUUAGACAUCCAGUUUGUGGGGCAGUAGCUCUGUCCCAUAUGGACGGUGGAGGAGUUGCAGACUGUGUGGCCAGAAUGAUUGAGAGUGUUAAGCAGAUUGCUGGUGGAAGCUCUGAUGGAAAGAUGGAAUUACAAGUGUUUGGAGCUUUUGGAUAUGCACAGAACUUUUCAGAGACAGUAUUUGAUUCUGUAAUGAUAACCUUCCAUAAACAUCCCGAAAAGGUUAAUGUCACACUUGCAUGUGUUGGAGAUAUCAACACAACUGUGAAAGAUGGCAAACACUGGCCAUCAUUGUAUGGAGUAGGAAUUAAUGUCAAGACUGGUGAAUUGUUUCCUGCUGUGUACAAAGACAGAGGACCAGAUGAAGGUCUACGGCAUGCACGACAGCUGUGUAGUAAACUAAGAAUGAUGGAAGUAUACAAUAAUGAGACAAGAAUGUUGAAGAUAGGCCCAUUUGAUUAUUCACCUUUGAAUGACGCAGAGAUGUGGCUGAAUCUACCUGAUGAAGUUAUUCUGCAUUACAUGAGCACAUCCCCUGAAGUUGAACCACCCCAUUUUGUGUCACAGAUUCGGAAGGCACUGAAAUGUAUGUUAGAUCACCCCUCUCCAAUUAACACAAUAUUCAAAUUCAACAAACCUCGGUGUUAUGUACGAGAUGAGACCAAUAAUGGAUGGGUACUUGUUAAAAAAUAAUGUGUAUAAUUUUUGUUAUUGAUGAUAUUUAUUUUUAUUGUUUUUAUUAUAAUAAAUAUUGUUAAUUGAA